UAAAGGUUCGAGCACUUGGUGCUUCAAUCUUGCUUCAAUUCCUCUUCUCAGAUCUCCAAAACCCUUCACUGGGGCUUUGACCACACGCAAUUGUUGCCCCCUUUCUUUUGAUUUUGGUUCCUAAUUUCAACUCGAGUGAAAUCUUAGGGUUCUUGUGCCUAAUUCAUGAGAACUCGGAGUUUCACGUUUCUAAUUGUCCUUAUUUUCGCGUUUUCGAGCUGGAGUUUUCAUUAUGGCGUCUCGCAAUCGGAAGAGGCCAAAAAGAACAAAUUUCGAGAGCGUGAGGCCACUGAUGAUAGUCUCGGUUAUCCCAAUUUCGAUGAGGAUGAGCUUCUGAAUACACAAUGUCCUCAGCAUUUGGAACUGAGAUGGCAGUCUGAAGUGAGUUCCAGCAUAUACGCUUCUCCAUUGGUUGCAGAUAUUAACAGUGAUGGAAAGCUCGAAGUAGUAGUACCUACCUUUGUGCACUACUUGGAAGUCCUAGAGGGCUCUGAUGGCGAUAAAUUGCCAGGAUGGCCGGCUUUUCACCAGUCAACAGUUCACUCUAGUCCUCUUCUGUAUGACAUUGACAAGGAUGGUGUCAGAGAAAUUGCUUUAGCUACUUAUAAUGGUGAAGUGCUCUUCUUUAGGGUCUCGGGAUACAUGAUGUCAGAUAAACUGGAGAUUCCAAGGUUAAGAGUUAAAAAGAAUUGGUAUGUGGGUUUGCAUCCAGAUUCAGGUGACCAUGCCCACCCAGAUGUUCAUGAUGAACAACUGAUGAAAGAGGCUCUCACCAACUCAUUACCUCAAUCCAAUGGAAGUACACUCGCAUCAAAUGUUACACACUCUGCAACAGAUCACCAGGACACAUUGAAUUCAUCAAAUUCAGUUCCAGAAGUAGUUCACAAUGACACAUCGUCUCUCUCAGUGCCACUUGAUGCUGAACAGCAUCAGCUGAAUUCUUCUCAAAUUGAGAACCAAGUGAAGACAAAUAAUAGUCAGCUAGAUGGAAGCAUCAAGAUGCCAAUGAACACAAAUGGCACAUCUGCUUUGGAAUCUGACCAUGGUAGUACCGGAGAAAGUGGAAAAGCUGCAAGAAGGCUUCUUGAAGAUAAAACUUCGAAUGGCAAUGAGGAUGUCCAUGCUGCAACCGUAGAAAACAUUGGAGGUCUGGAAGCAGAUGCUGAUUCAUCAUUUGAUUUGUUGAGAGAUACCGAUGAAUUGGCUGAUGAGUAUAAUUAUGACUAUGAUGAUUAUGUUAAUGAAAGCAUGUGGGGAGAUGAGGAAUGGGUUGAAACACAACAUGAGAAAUUGGAAGAUUUUGUUGAAAUAGAUGCACACGUCUUGUGCACUCCAGUCAUAGCAGACAUUGAUAAAGAUGGCGUCUCCGAGAUGAUUGUUGCUGUUUCUUACUUUUUUGAUCGUGAGUAUUAUGACAAUCCAGAACAUUCAAAGGACCUUGGUGGUAUUGAUAUUGGGAAAUAUGUUGCUGGAGGUAUUGUUGUCUUCAACUUGGACACCAGACAAGUUAAAUGGAGUACUCAACUGGAUCUUAGCUCUGAUACUGGGGACUUCCGGGCGUACAUAUAUUCCUCUCCUACUGUGGCUGAUUUGGAUGGUGAUGGGUAUUUGGAUAUUCUUGUCGGCACUUCCUUUGGGUUGUUUUAUGUCUUGGACCAUAAAGGCAAAAAUAGAGAUAAAUUUCCGCUGGCAAUGGCUGAAAUUCAAGGUGCAGUAGUUGCAGCUGAUAUCAAUGAUGAUGGGAAAAUUGAACUAGUGACGGCUGAUUCUCAUGGAAAUGUUGCUGCUUGGACUCCGCAAGGAGAAGAAAUCUGGGAAAAACAUGUUAAAAGCCUUGUUCCACAGGGUCCUACUGUUGGAGAUGUGGAUGGAGAUGGUCAUACUGAUGUUGUUGUCCCAACACUCUCUGGAAACAUAUAUGUUCUCAGUGGCAAAGAUGGAACAAUUGUGCGCCCAUAUCCUUACAGGACUCACGGUAGAGUGAUGAAUCAGGUUCUUCUCGUUGAUUUAAGCAAACGGGGAGAGAAGAAGAAGGGGCUAACGAUUGUUAGCACAUCAUUUGACGGGUAUCUGUACCUCAUAGAUGGUCCCACAUCAUGUGCAGAUGUUGUGGAUAUUGGAGAAACAUCAUAUAGCAUGGUUUUGGCCGACAACAUAGAUGGUGGAGAUGAUCUUGAUCUUAUAGUGACCACCAUGAAUGGCAACGUCUUUUGUUUCUCAACACCUUCACCACAUCAUCCCCUCAAGGCGUGGAGAUCUCCAAACCAAGGAAGAAAUAAUGUUGCUCACUCUUAUAAACGGCAAGGCAUAUAUGUAACUCAAUCGUCGCGCACUUUUCGCGAUGAAGAAGGGAAGAACUUUUGGCUUGAAGUGGACAUUGUAGACAAUUACAGGUUUCCAUCUGGCUCACAAGCACCUUAUAAUGUCACGAUAAGUUUGUUGGUUCCCGGUAAUUUCCAAGGAGAGCGAACAAUUAAGCAAAACCAAAUCUUUGAUCGUCCUGGCCAACAUCGGAUCAAACUUCCGACAGUCCCUGUAAGAACUGCUGGAUCUGUAUUGGUGGAGAUGGUCGACAAGAAUGGACUCUACUUCUCAGACGAAUUCUCUCUUACAUUCCAUCUUUAUUACUACAAACUGUUGAAAUGGCUCCUGGUCCUACCCAUGCUUGGAAUGUUCGGCAUUCUCGUCAUCCUGCGCCCUCAAGAAGGCAUGCCAUUGCCGUCAUUUUCGCGAAAUACUGAUCUGUGAUAAGAGGUAACAAUCAAAAUCUUUGAUUUACAUUUCUGGCACAUUCAGGAAGAACUUAACUGUGCUUGAAAGGGCAUGAAUCAAAAAUGCCCUGUGGAAAAAUCUUGCCCCGAGCAUCUGAAAUGAGAGCCUAACUUAUCUGUGGCAUAGCAAAUUUUACGUGUAACAAAACCAUUCCGGGACUUCUUAUAGUUACUGAAUAGAAAGGUAAUUUCGCAGCGCCUUGAUUCCUUUGCUUCUUGCUUUUUUCGACUUCUGUAGAGCAAUUCAGUUGUGUAAACUGGUAUAGGGCUUGAAGUUUGACGUUUUGCCUGUGUAUGCUGAGGCUAAGUUUGAGUUUUACUGCUGGAAAAUUUUACACAAUUUUAUGUGCUGCUUUUGCUGUUUUAA